UCACUUACUUAGAUUCAUAUAAAAUAUAAACUCAAUAAAUCAUUCCAAUUCUCUAAUCAAAAUGUGGACCAACAAGUUCUUCUUCCUUCUUCCAGUUGUAUGCAUCGCCGUAUUCGCUACAGCUCAGCCGUUGCCAUCACCGCAACCUUCCCAAAUAGAUUGUUGGUCAUCAAUAGAAGUUAUUCCCGACUGUGUCCCGGAAAUUUUCCGAUCUAUAACAAAUGGACAGUUCGGGGAUGUAGGUCCUUCUUGCUGCCAUGCCUUGGGUCUCGAUGCUGAUUGCAUCCCUCAGAUGUUUAUCUUCGCUCCACUCAUCCCUCCUUCCCGCAGACUCAGGGAUCAUUGUUCCAAGACAAUAAUUGUGCCAUAAUCCUUUUGAGACUUCGUUACAAAAAGUUUGUUAUUCUACAUGUUUUAGACUAUAAAUGUGCUUAAUUAACUACGGUCUCUAUAAGAUAUGUCUUUAUUAACUUCCAUGUAAAAAUGGCUUUAAUCUAUCCAUAUAAGUUAUAUCAAUAUUAACUUCCAUGUAAACAUGUCUUUAUCCAUAAUAAGUGAAUACGUACUAGGCUACGUUGGUUUAUUUAUAAGAAUAGUACACAUUGCAUUUGCUUCA